CACGAAGAGAGUGAGGUUCAAAGAGUUUCGAUUUCGCCUAAGUCGUGAGAUAACAAAUAGUAGUUGUUUUAUCUUAGAGGCGUCGUGGUGAUGGACUCUUGUGCGCAUUAAGAGUCAGUACCGCAAACGUUUUAAAAAGAAUGACAUAGUCUGUGAUUCCGCCAGAUUCGGUAACCCUAGUUUCACUUGUGCGGUUUCUAACAACGGUGUGAACCAUUGAUCUCUGGAAUUCUCUUCUUCAGACUUCGGGAAACCCUUCGGUGUUCGAUUCGCGUGACUACUUUCUAGGUGGGUACUUUAUUCUUUUCUUUCGUUUUCUUCGAGUGUCGGAGAACGCUCGUUACUAAUUUCACUUGAUGGAUUUGGUGGGUUUCUCUUGUCAAAUUAUUGUGGAUUUCCCGUGCCCUUAGAUUGAUUGCCGGGAGAAUGGAAGAAGAAUCGUCGGGAGGCGGCUGCAGAAGCUGGGAAGAGGAAAUGUAUUGGAAGCAUUUCCAGUUCACCCACUUCUCUCUGUUUCUCCUUCCUGGUUACGAUCACCAGCUUGCCAUGCCGAAAGCCUUCUUUGGUAACCAGAGAAAGAAACUGCCCGAACGAGUGACACUCAAAGGUCCCGGUGGCAAUACAUGGGAAGUUGGACUGACCAUAAAUUCAGGAACUAUGUUCUUCGAUGAAGGUUGGGGAAGAUUUGUGAAAGACCAUUCGCUCAAGGAGCAUGAUCUCUUGGUCUUCAAGUAUAAUGGGGUUUCCCAUUUCGAGGUUCUGAUCUUCGAUGGGGAGACCUUCUGCGAGAGGGCGAGUUCUUAUUUUGUUAAGAAGACUGAAAAAAGAAAAGCUCCUCUUGAAAAUGGCAGCCAUCCCAAGAGGAUGCAUGGAGGAAACUCUUCUGGUGUUGUUAUGGCUACCCCUGUUGCUCAGGUUAUGAGCACCUCGUUAGAGAAAACUGCUGAUAAUGACAUUGGCAGCACGGUGCCAUCAUCGAAAGCUGGUCAUACGGUAGUAAAGAAUGUCACUGGAACAACACCUGUUUCUAAGCCUGUCAGUAGAACAGUUGAACAUCCUAUUGUUUGGGAAGCUACCAAUGUAAAUACCGAGAGGCAAAAGAAGAGCAUUGGUGGCUCAAUUCAUGAUAGCGAGACUGAGAAAAGCGAAGGGCUCUCUUGUUCUGCGGACAUGGAGAAAGAUAAAGUUGUUAAAACAACACCCCUCAGCUUUGAUGUGGUGCAUGAUGUCCCAUACAUAUCACUUAGAAAGAUGGUAACAGAAGCUGAGAAAAGGAAGGCUCUGCAAUCGGCACAAGAUGCUGUAACCGCAGAUGGGUUCUACGUUGUCAUGAAACCCACACAUGUAUAUAGGAAAUUCUUCAUGUCCAUCCCAACUGUAUGGAUGAACAAACAUCUUCCCUUGUUGCUCAAGCACGCCGUGGUCCUGAAGAUGAAGGACAAGACCUGGACGACCAAGUUUACAUAUCAGCAGUCUCGUAAGAGCGGUGGCCUCUCGGCCGGAUGGAAAUCAUUUGCUGCUGAAAACAACUUGGAUGAGUUUGAUGUUUGUGUGUUCGAACCUGAUGCUCCAUUCUACACAUCGAUUAGCCUGAAUGUUAAGAUCGUUCGUGUGAUCCAAGAUGAGUAAUUUUUUGGUGACAGUCUGAGGUUUGCUCCUAGAGUAUGCUUUAAUUUAUUCUGUUUAGAGUUGCUGCUUGGCCCCUCUACCUAGGAUGCUGUGAGGUGUGCUUCAUAAUGAGGCAACAGGCUUUCAGUGGGCUAGCCAAGCUAAUCUAUGCUGGGGAUUGGGUGCACUAAUGAUUAGUGGCUGUGGAGUCUUAGCUUUGCACACCCUGUACACUGAUGAGUGAUGAGACUCUAGAAAUGUGCUCUCUUUUAUACAGAACAGUAUGUCAAUUUAGAUAAUUAGACAUUUCUAAUGGAGAUAAUUAGCAAUGGUCUUAUUGUCGAAUUGUCUUGUUUUUAUCUUUUCUACCCAAAGGAGACCAUGGUUUAUAUGGGUCGUUUGGAUGCCAAAAUAAUCCGCUUGGCAAAAC